UUGAAUUCCACCAAAAUUCGUUCUGAGAUCGACUCCCUGAGCGGAUAUUGAAGAGACAUGACUUAUUGACCAAAGUUGAUGGGUUUGUUUCCUCAAAAAAAUAUACAGUAGCAUACAAACUUUUUGUUGUUGUUGUUUAUAUAGUUAGCUGUGUUUUUGAAUUGUAAUAUUUUAUUUUAUACCUCUGACAUGAGCGACAGCUUCGAAGACAACUUUUUGAAUUUGCUCUUUGAGCAAUCGGUGGUGAAUCGGUCAGCUGAGUCCACGCAAGAUGUAAACUUCUCGGCAGGAUAUUUCACAGCUCAGCACGACUGCAGCCAAGCCGCCUUCGGUCCCGGCUACCUCAUGGCCGGUGGCCACAGAGCCGCGGCGGGAGGGAACGGGAGCGGCGCUCCGUACCCCUCCCCGUUCAGCUACGACGCCGGCGGCGGCGGCCUCUUCAAGUGCCCCAAAAUCCACAUCACGCCCGGCGAGCAGGUGGACCCUACGGUCCUGGCCUACGACUCGUCGUUCCUGUCCCACCGGGACUCCCCGCACAGCCUGAGCCCGACGCGCAGCCUCUCCCCGCACAGCUGCCACUCGGACAGCUCCCAGGGGGGCGAUCGAUACGUCCACGAGGUGGACGACGUCGAGCAGGAGAUCGUGCCCAGCACCGAGAGGAUCAACCUGCUCCCCUCGCCCUGCGGCAACGAGGGCGGCUGCCCGCCGGAGGCGCGCCACACGCGGCCAGGGUCGCCGUGCAAGAGGCGCUACCCCGAGUCGAUGGAGCGCGACGAACGGGAAGACGGAGACGGCGUCGGUGGCGACUUGGCGAUGGCGUUCGCCGUGGAUCGCCACCACUACCAGCAGCAGCAGCAGCUGCAGCAGCAGCAGCAGCACCCUCACCACCACCACCCUCACUACCAGCACCUAUACCACUACCAGCAGCAGCAGCAGCAACAGCAGCAGCAGCACCACGCGCGCUCACGAUCGUUGUCCCCCAAGCGCACGCAGGGACUGGCCCCGGGCCUCGGGUGCCCCUACAGCCUCACGCGCAGCACGGAGCUGCUGCACCACGCGUCGUCCUACGAGCACGACGGCAGUGGCCACGACUCCCCGAGGGCCAGGAAGGAGGCUCGGCCCUCUGUGGGAGGGCGUCACUACGACUCGUUGCUCUACCAGUACCACGGGCUCGACAAUUACCGCCUCGCGGUGCCGCCCGUCGUCAGCAUGCAGCCGGCAGAUAUGUGCACCCACAGCCCCUUCCUUAGGAGCGACGUGUACCCGCCGCUCGACUGGCCCCUACCGAGCCAGUCGGGCUCCUACGACCUCCGUCUGGAGUCCCAGCCGCGUUCUCACCACAGGGCCCACUACGAGACGGAGGGCAGCCGCGGGGCCGUCAAGGCCCAGGAGGGCAGCCACAUCAGGGUCAAGCUCUGCGGCUACAGCAAGACGCCGCUCAUGCUGCAGCUUUUCAUCGGCACGGCGGACGAGCGGCCCGUGCGGCCGCACCCCUUCUACCAGGUGCACCGCGUCACCGGCAAGACGGUGCUGACUCCGAGCCGCGAGCUGGUGCUGGGCGACACCAAGGUGCUGGACAUCCCCAUGCUGCCCGAGAACGGCAUGCUCGCCACGAUCGAUUGCGCGGGCAUCCUGAAGUUGCGCAACGCCGACAUCGAGCUGCGCUCGGGCGAAACCGACGUGGGCCGCAAGAACACGCGCGUGCGCCUCGUGUUCCGCACGCACGUGCCCCAGGCCGGAGGAGCGGAGCCCGUGUCGCUGCAGGUCGCCUCCAUCCCCAUCGAGUGCUCUCAGAGAUCCGCACAGAAGCACCCUCUGAUUGAGCGGUUGAGCAUCAACAGCUGCUCUGUGAUGGGUGGGGACGAGAUGGUCAUCACUGGAAGCAAUUUUCUUCCAGAGUCGAAGGUCAUCUUCACACAGAAGGGGGAAGAUGGACGGACUGUGUGGGAGAAGGAGGUCGACCUUACGAUGGAGAACUUCCAUUCGGCCAAAGCCUUGGUGCGCGUCCCACCGUACCAAGACCGCAACGUCGCAGCGCCCGUGAGCGUACAGGUUUACGUCUGCAACGGAAAGCAGGAAAAGAGCCAGAACCACUCCCUCACUUACCUGCCGCUCACAGGUGUCCCAAUAAAGCAGGAGACGCCGUGCGAGUUCGCCCACCAGAUGGUCCACACGUUCAGACCCGCGUCCCCCCUACUACCUGCCACCGCGUACGGCGGCAGCGGGGCCUCCCCAUCGCCGCCUCGGCCGAUGGCGUUCCCCGUCUCCCGCGGCGUGGCCUCGCCCCAACCGCUUGUCGUCCCCGCGCGGCUCUCGUCAUCUCCUUCCGAGCAGAUCACCGUCUCCGCCCGCCUCUCCCCGUCCCACAAAGCGGCGGCGGCGGCGGUGUCACCCGGAAGCUCGCCGACGCUCACGGCCGGUUCCGGCGCGAGGCUCUCCGCGAGCCCCGGCCGGUCGUCCGCGUUCUCCUCCGCCGCCGGCGUGCCGUCGCCCCGGUCGAGCUCCCCCUCCGCCUCGGUCAUCGGCAUUGGCGGCGGCGGCAUCUUCUCGCCGCUCCGCGGAGUCGCCCACGCCGCUCCGGCGAACGUCGCGGCCACGGGGCCACCGGGAGGCCCCGCGAUCGCAUUCGGCCCCGCGGGCCGGCAGCAAGCAUUUGCGACCGACGUCCCCAACCAGGCCUCCCGCCUCUCGUUCGGGCCAGAUUGCGGCGCCCAGCCUCCGACCCUGCUCGUGGGCCAGGCCGCCCGGUGGCCCGAGGGCGGGGGCCUCCGCCGUCCCGUCGCCAUCUCCGGAGCCGCUCCGCCCUCCGCGGGCCGGGCCGACGCCUCGUGCUCCUUCCGGAUGGCGCAGCCAACGCCGCCGCCGCCGAGCGGACACCGGGCGGGCCGCGACGCGUCGGGGGAGCGGACGCCGUCCGCCUACGGGGAGAUGCCGGCGUCCGGCGGAGCAGAGGUCGCGGGGUCGAAGGGCUCGCCUGGUGAGAGGCCGCCGUUUGGGACGGCGGGAGGGCGGGGGGCGAACUGCGGCGUGCCGUUCGGAGAGGCGCCCGCGUGGAACCCGGCGGCGGUGAAGGAGGAACCCCCAGGACGGAGACGUGUUUGGCAUGAAGGAGUUCAGCAUGCUGGAGGAUGGUAG